AUGGUGGCCAUCAAACUCAGCGAUGCUAUCAAGAGAAAGCGCGAGCCUCAAGAUGCAGAGUCUGAUAUCGACAUAAGCAGCACUGACUCCGAAAAUGAGUCUCAGGUUGACGAUGAGCAAGAGGUGAUAAACAUAGAUUUCGAUUUUUUCAACGCCAACAAGAACGUGGACUUCCACGCGCUGAAAAACCUACUGCGUCAGCUCCUCGGGCCCCAGGAGUCUUCCAAGAUUCAACUGAGCGCUCUAGCGGAUCUAAUCCUGGACUCCCCCACAACGACCAUCAAAACCGACGGCCAGGAGUCUGACCCCUACUGCUUUCUCAGCUUCAUUGACUAUCGCAGUAAUAGAACAAGCGACUACGCAAAGUACCUAUCCAAGGUCGACAGCCGUCUCGCGGAAUUUCUAAAAAGCAUGGACAACUCGGACAAGAAGUGCGCCCUGGUGUUGAGCGAGCGUCUGAUUAACAUGCCCCCCGAGGUAAUUGCGCCCAUCUACAACAUCACGCUUGAAGACGCCUCCAACAGCCUUGGUGAUGGAAAACACUACGACUAUUAUGUCAUAGUAAGCCGCAAGUUCGAGGUUAACGUCGAAGUUGAUGAUGAGGAGACCGGCGCUCGCAAAAGGGUAAAGACCUCUGAGAUAGACUAUUUCCACGAGGAAGACCGCUUUCUGGAGCGCAACGCUUAUGUCCACUUUGACUCCGAAAGUCGCAAGGGCCUCAUUUCUUCAUACGUGGUCAUCGACCAUGAUUCCUUGAUCAAGUCGAUCAAAGAUGUCGAGGCGGAAAUAAAAAACUGGUAA